UCCGGAUUCGCACGUGGGGAGUUGAGCGUUCAGAAAAAUGGCUGCGAGCAGUGUGGAGGAGUUGUUAGCCAAAGCCGAGCAAGAAGAGGCUGAAAAACUGAAAAGUAUCACCGUCCAGAAGGAGCUGGACCUGGACUUCGACCUCGGUAACCUGCUAGCUUGUGACAAAAACCGCAUCGAGACGCGGGACUUCAGAGGACAGAAGAAGGAGGACUUCUUGCGGUCGCUAGCUCGUGACAACACACAACUUCUCAUCAACGAGAUAUGGAAACUCCCCACGGAGAGGGUCGAGGAGGUGAUAGUAGCUAAGCUACCGGAACCGACCACCCGGCUGCCGAGAGAGAAGCCCCCACUGAAGCCUAGACCUCCAACCAAAUGGGAGCAGUUCGCCAAGCUGAAAGGCAUCCAAAAGAAGAAGAAAACCAAUCUGGUUUGGGAUGAGACCGCGAAGGAGUGGAAGAGACGCUGGGGCUACAAGAGGGCUAACGACGACACCAAGGAGUGGCUGAUUGAGGUGCCAGAGACUGCGGACCCCAACGAGGACCAGUUCGCUAAACGGGUCAAAGCCAAGAAGGAGCGAGUGGCUAAAAACGAGUUCAACCGGCUGAAAAACAUCGCCAGGGCGCAGAAAGUCAAAACCCCCGGCGUGGGACUGGUCCCCAAAGCUCAGCAGUCCAGAAACGAGCUGGCCAAAGCAGUGAGUGUGGCCAAAGUCUCCACAGCAUCUGUUGGGAGGUUCCAGGACGACCUGCCCAAAGAGAAACCUCCAAAGAACUCAGGCAAGAGGAGGAAGUUUGACCCUCUGAUCGGUGACUUCUCCAGCGAGAAGCAGAAGCAGCUGGAUCUGCUGAAAACCAUGGGCAGCAAGAAGCCCAGACUGGACAUCACCAAGGCUGUGAAUCAGCAGAUGAGGGAGGAGGACAAAGAGGAGGCUGCAGCCAAGCGCAGGAAGGGGGGUGGGAAGAGGGGAAGGAAAGGGAACAUGACUGGGAAGGGGAAGGCUGGGAAAGCUGGAGGAGGGGGGAAGGCUGGGAAAGCUGGAGGAGGGGGAAAGAGGAGAGGAAAACCUGGGAAGAAAUGAGAACUUUAAUAAAAAAUAUUUAAAAAAUACACUUUCAUACAGCAGCGAUAAGUAACUGAUGUUUAUUUUUCGUUGGUGUUUUUGAAAUAAGAGAUUUAAAACAUCAAUAUUUUGACUUUCAAGAAGAAAUCUGGUGUCAUUUAUACAAAUCUGUUGUUUAUGGUUAAUUUUACAAAUGUAUGAGUUGUAUUAGUUCAGCAACAAAGCAUUUUGGGAGAAUUAACAUUAGAUUAAAUAAUUUGCUGUCAUAAUUAUAAAGUUUAGACCUUUUUAGGUGGAAAAAGUGUUUAAGAAAACCAAUAGUUUCAAAAAGCCUCAUUUGAAACUUUAAUGGCUUUAUAAUCAGUGUUUAUUUAAUUUUUUAGGUUUAUAUUCAAAUAAACCUGGAAGAAAAGGCUCAAAUUCAUCCUAAAAUUGUGACUGUCAUGUUGCGUGUUUAUUUGUCUCAACCUUAAUUCAUGAAAUGGAUACAUUUACAAAUAAAUAGUAUUUCACCUUA